ACUAAGGAAGAAUUUGGGCCUUUUAAAAUGAAGAGGUAGAAACAUAAACAGUAGAGAAUACAUUUGUUUUCCUUACUGUUGAAAAAAGUGUAAGUUUGGGAGGUAUUAUAUAGUGUAGCUUCUAUGUAUAACCCACAAGAGGAGCAGAUCAGGAAAGGCCCAUGGACUGUAGAGGAGGACAUGUUGCUUGUCAAUUAUAUAGCUUUUCAUGGUGAAGGCCGUUGGAAUUUUCUGGCCCAAGCUGCAGGGCUGAAGAGAACUGGGAAGAGCUGCAGGCUGAGAUGGGUUAACUAUCUACGGCCAGAUCUUAAGAGAGGAAACCUAAGUCCAGAAGAAGAACGCUUGAUCAUAGACCUUCAAAGCCGUUGGGGUAACAGGUGGUCUCGAAUUGCCAGGUAUUUACCUGGUCGAACAGAUAAUGAGAUCAAGAACCACUGGAGGACAAGGAUUAAGAGAAAACUGCAAAGAGAAAACGGUGGAAAUCGAUUUACCCAAUACUCUAUUUAUCCCACCUCUAUGCCAGAUCCAAUAUUCCUUCAGCAAAACAAUGGAUUAAUGAAAGAUAGGACACCACAGACUAGCCUGCAUCAAACACUCAACAAGCCAGUUUUUCAUUUUAACGAAGAACAAAAGGAGGAGUUUUCACUAGACCAUUCUAAUUCAAUUACAAUCUCAAAUGGAGUGGAGAAGUCGGCGGAUAGCUGUGGACUUCUUGAGGAUAUGACUAUGCCCUUUGAAGUGGACUCCUUCGACGCGUUGUUCUCUGAACUUUAUGUAGAUGCCAUGGAAGUUGGUGAAAUGUCUAAAUUCACAGACUGUAAAUUUGGGUCGUGUUCUUAUCCUCAUCCAUACCCAUCUAUGCCCUCGCCUGAUAGAUUUCAAAUGGAAGCUCUGUUACCAUGGGCUUACCAAAGUUGA